AUGACCGCAUCCCAUCCCCUACCACAGCCAUGCGUCAGCUUCACAUGGUACAUUCGCUCCGUCCCCAACAACAACGUCUUCAUCCUCACCACCGAUUUCCCCCUCUCCGACCCCCGGGAUCGCCCCAAGCACAUGGAUUCAGAAGAGGCGCGGCAGUUUGGUAUGCUGGUCCAGACCUUCAUCCCGGAAGAGCACGAGUUGUUUGUGCAGAGCGGACCUUUUGCGGGACAGUACGAACGUUUCGAGCAUGUCUGUGAAGAGAUCCGGAGGAAUGUGGACAGGGGGAUCAAGUUUGGGGGCGAGGACACCAAGCUUUGGGUUGCCUUCGGUCUUCCUCAAGAUGUACAAGCGGUCGUGAUGGGUGUUCUUGCUGGGGCUGAUAAACAGCCUGCACUGAAACCCAGUCACCCCCCACGCCUCCGCUUGGACCUCUCGCGUAUGGCCAACGAGGUCGAGCAGCCCGACGCCUAUACGCGUACGGCUGGCGGCUUCAUCACCCCACCCCUCAUCAUCGACGAGCCCGAUUCACCCUCGGACAAUGUACCACCCUCUCGAGGCGGCAACACCUACUCUCACCAGGAGGUGGCACAGAUCGUGCGCUCCACCACUCAUGACCUCCAUGACCACAUCCACGCCCUGCGCGAGCAGCUGGCAGAACGAGAGGACAUGUUGAUCGAUAUGGAUGAUCUACUCUCUCGGAGGGAGCGAGAUCAGGUGUACGUCUAUGUCAUCAUGACGCCUGAGCUUGGGCUGCAGCCUUUCUAUCGGGUCAAGAAGGGUUUGGUUUCAGAGGAUCAGAUUCGGACUUGGGUGGUGCAUCAGACCGGGUUGGAAGAGUUUCAGGACGCAGGGAGGUACAUGGUGCUUGUCGCCGCGGAUCAAGAUAUGCCUUACCAGCAUUGGUUCACCCAACAGAGAAAGGGCAAGGGAGUAUUGAAGAACGACACCGAUGUCGUCGAGUGUAUCGUUGAGAUGGUUCCCUUGAGCAUACCUUCGACAGAUACGGCUUUGCACCGUUUCGACUCUGAUCAGCGAAACGACCAGCAAGACAUGGAUAUCACUCCAACCAACAAGACAAAACCCCUUCCCAACGUGUCCCAGGAUGCAGUGCCACAUUCCUCUUUCGGUUCAUCUACGCUCGGUCUGCAAGCCCAUGACGACUUACACCCUCAGGUCGACCACCACCCUCGAGUAGCAGAGGAAAUACUGAAGAUCCUUCGAGAUGAAAGGGUCCCUGCUCUCUCUACCGCUACGAGACGUCUCGUUGCUCUGGCUCAGUCGCUGACUCCAGCCACCCAAGUCAGCUCAAGUGCCACACCCCCUCGCAGUCCCAAUGCCAUCAAAUCCUUAUCCCAUCAACUGGGCAACGGCCCCACUCAACCGCCGCAAAGCUACUCGGAAGCUUUGAUCCCUCCGUCAGAAAACGCCACCACUCUCACCGGCUCUGCGGGCGAGACUCGUGCUAUUCGAGGCAGCAUCACCUCAAUCGAGGCUGUAAUUGGUGGCAGUGCCAACGGGGCCAAGACUGGAUCUACUCGCACCGCAUUUGACAUGCUCGUCUGGCGCAGAGAUGUUGGAGAAGCGGUUGGAGAUGAAGAGGGAGAGGAUGGUCUUGGUGAGAGGAGCAAAGGUGGCGACAGUAGUGAGACGCAAGAGGGAACUCAAGACUUGCUGGACGUCCCGAGGACGAGAAGAGAAGCCAAGAGGGAAAACCCUUUCCUAGGUCAUCGACAUCAGUCCAGUGCGCCUCCCGCUACCAGUCACGCCCCUUCUGUCGUGGUCACCGACGCCACCUUGAGCCCGUCGGCGCCCCUGGCUGCGCUCCGUCUCGACGAGGAUAUACCCAGCCCAACAGGAAGUCGUUUGAUAGGAGCGACGCAUGUCGAAGAUGUGGACCAGCCAGAGAAGACCUCAGUAUUCGUGCCGCUCGUCCUGGGCUCUUCGAGUGGCCGUUGCGUUCAAUCAAAAAGUCCCUCCCCGUGCCAGCCCAGCCGUACCGAUAGUACAUAUAUUGGCUCUCAAGCCCUUGACCGAGAGGUGACUGUGGCGCAACAGGUCGAGGUGGCUGAAGAGGGGAGCCCAAGGAAAAAGGCAAAGCUGCUGGGUGAGAGGCUGGAUUCGGUGGCUUAUGUCAGUGGGGCGCUAUAG